AUGAUCUUGCCAGACGACUCGGCACCUAUAUCGCCCGCCAAAGCCCGCGCGGAGCCGCCGGCCGCCGUCCCUGAAGAGGACCGCAUCGCGCCCCCGCCGGCGUACCCUGGGCAUUCGAUUGAGCCGUAUCGCGCCUCCCGCAACGUCGAUGUUGAGGCCCAGACGGGCAGCGCGUCGGCCCCUCUCAUUUCUCCACCACCACCACACCGCGGUGGGCCUAUCAAGCGAGGAGAGCGCGCAGGGAAACGUUUCAUCAAAGCUUUCCUUUGGGCCGUCCUCAUCUACCUCUCGGUGGCAUGGGCUAUCAAGGGGGUAGUGACGAUAGCAUUCUGGCGUGGCAGUAGGAAGGGUAGUCAUGACGUGAGCAUUCCACUCUCCUCACAAACGCGAAUCAACCUGCUCUUCUUCCAUGGCUUGAACCAGUUCCCUUGGCCAAUGCCCUCCGACGGCUUGGUGCACUCAUGUUUCGGUCCCACAUACGUCUCAGGAGAUAUCAGCACUCGAGGGGUCGCGCCCUUCUCGUUAACACUGCCGCUGUCCUCAGACGCGCUUUAUCUCUUCAGCAGAGGGACUCUGGCGCAUGGCUCCGUUGAAAUAUUGACGUCAAGUCACGAAAACUUUCCCGAGGACUCUGUGACGAUCAAGAUAUAUCCCAAAGGCUCAAAGGCAGACCUAGCCAUGACCAACGUCUGCGUAGUUGAACGCGCUCCGUCUCAACUGGGCGUUGCACUCUUGACACCAGCGAAAUGGCCCAAGGAUGUUGGCGGUUUCCAUAUCGAGGUCGUCUUUUCUUACCGAACAGUAAACACGACGUUCGUGAACGCAUUCGAAACCAACCUCCCUCGAUUUUCGCACCACGUGAACCUUAAAGGCCCAGUAGACUUCCGCUCCAUUAAUCUGCAGUCGGGCCUUGCCAAGAUUGAUAGCACGUUCGUGAAGGCAAAGAACUUGACGGCUGUCACUUCCAAGGACAAGAUUACUGGUGUAUUUCACGCCUCCGACCAGCUUACUCUCAAGACAUCAAACGCUUCGGUCGAUGUCAGCGCCUUUGUCGCGAACGAUCCCUCGAAUACGUCUCGCGUCCUACUCACGUCCAAUAUUCACCUCCUCUCGACCUCUGCAGCUUUAUCCCACGCGCCACCAUUACCAGACCCCUCCCUCAUCAAUGGCUCUUUCAUCGUCGACAUCCACACCACCAACGGAGCUCUCAGCGCCCAUAUUCACGACCAGCCUGUCGACUCCCACCUGCAGCUCGUAGGAACGACACAGAACGCACCCGUGCAGGUGAUAUUGCAUCCCGCCUACGAGGGCACGUACAGCUUGCGUUCGUUGGGCGGCGCUGUCGCCGUGGAUCCGAUAUCAAGCACGGAUCCGUCGAACCGGUACAGGUAUCGCAGGUCGUUCCCUCAGCAGAGCUCGCACUCGUCUGCGACGGGCAAGGUCCUGUGGAUGCCCUACAGUGGACCGGGUGAGGGCAGUGUGACGCUGUCGACCUCCGUAAGGCCGAUUCAAUUAAGUGCAUGA